AGCUAACAGGCGUAAGAACUGAGCGUGAUGGUGUCCUGCACUGUGCUCCGUUGUUUUUGCCUUACCCUUAUGUUUGUUCUUGUUGCGCUUGCUUCAAAUGGGUGCAAAUUUCCCAGUGAACUGGAGAAUGAACACAAGAGCCUGAAAAGCAAGUUUAAGGAGCUUAAGGAUAACUUGACGAACACCCGCUCAGCAAUAAAGGCAAAGGAAAAGGAAAAUCUGUUGACCAAAGAGAUACUACUGGAAAAGAUGCAGGCAAUCACCACCAACAUUGUGGCCUUGGAAAAUGAUACUCAAGAUUUCAUGGACAAACUGGAAAAUUUCUGUGAUGUCUGCCCAAAAGAUCGUUGCCAGUCCAUUUUGAAUCGAAAUAAUAACCGCCUGGAGCGAAUGAAGAAAGUUGGAGAUAUGAUUAAGGAGCGAUACGACAAAAUAGACGCCGAGGAGUCUGGUCAGAAAAGUCGAAGGCAUCUCGCUUCCCUACACAUGGAAGACCUAAAGCCACUGCACCAAGCUUCGUACAGGACGCAUAAAACAAACAGCCAGUGACCAGUUAAAACUUGAAGUAUUGACCAGCCUGCAUAACACUAAAAGCUGUUGAAGGCCUUAAUGUAAUA